AUGCCCGACAUGCAGGAGUCUAUUGCGAGCCCUGCGCUCACGGAGGUGGUUGACGAGCAAAACCCCGACCUCCACGAGGUCCCGGUCAAGAAAGGCAACCGACAAAGACUCCUCCACCGCAUCCAACGCAUUUCUUCCUCCCCCUCCUUGGUUUCCAUAGGACGACCCAGAGCACGCAGUACCCCUUACAGAGGCAAGGGUCAUCUGUCUUGCGUCAGCCUCUCCGGUGGCCCUAUCACAAGCAUUACAGAUGGCAGCGAUUCCUACUUCCCCGCAGGAGCCUCAGCAUCAGAUUAUGCGAACGCCUCGGAUCGUCAAGCUGGCACACCAGCCAGCGAGAAGGCCCAUUUCGACGCCAACGUUCGCAGAAUCGAGACCGGAGUGACGCCAUUCAAUCCCUUGACACCGGGGGCGUACACGAUUGGCCUACCAACUGACAUCAAACCCGUCCCGAAAAUACUGCUAGCAACCCCUGCGAUUCCGAAAAAGAACUUUGACUUCUGGAAAGACAUGCCACACGAGAUCAGUGUACACAUUUUCUCCUUCCUGCGACCCAAAGAGCUGGUUCAAGCCUCUCGCAUCAGCAAGUCGUUCCACGAAUUAUGCUUUGAUGGGCAGCUGUGGACGAGUUUCGAUGCUUCUCAGUUCCACGACGAGAUUCCAGCCGAGUCGCUCGCUAAAAUCAUCGUAGCUGCUGGUCCCUUUAUCAAGGACCUCAACUUGCGGGGCUGCGUUCAGGUAGAGCAUUACCAAAGGGCUGAGGUCGUUGUCAAGGCUUGCCAAAACCUUUUGGAUGCGACUCUCGAAGGCUGCCGCAACUUUCAAAGGAGUACAUUGCAUGCCUUGCUUCGCAACAACUCCAGACUUGCCAAUCUCAACCUGACAGGCCUCACCGCCGUAACCAACAUGUCAUGCAAGAUCAUUGCAGAGGCCUGCCCUCAGCUGCAAAGACUGGAUGUUUCUUGGUGCACACACAUGGACGCCAGAGGCAUCAAGGCCGUCGUCAAAGGAUGCGCGAAACUGACGGACCUACGCGCCAGGGAAAUUAGGGGCUUUGACAAUCUGGAGGUUGCAGAGGUGCUGUACAGAACCAACAACCUGGAGCGCCUAAUCCUCAACGGUUGCGCUGAUCUGGACGACCGCGCACUCAUGGUCAUGGUACAGGGCGAAGAGCCUGAAAUCGACAUCUUGACCGAUAUCCCUGUUGUUCCCCGACGCAAGUGGCGCCAUCUCGAUCUCAGUCGCUGCACCCGCCUUACGAGCAGGGGUGUUCGCGCACUUGGUCACUUGACACCAGACCUUGAAGGCUUGCAGCUGUCCGGUUGCACAGCAUUGACCGACGCUGCACUCGAGACCAUUCUGGCUUCGACGCCACGCCUGACUCACCUCGAGCUGGAGGAUCUUGCCGAGCUCACCAACGCCUUCCUUUCCGAACAUCUCGCCAAAGCUCCCUGUGCUCCACACCUGGAGCACCUUUCCCUCGGCUACUGCGAAGAUCUUGGUGACGCUGGCAUGCUUCCUGUUGUCAAGAACUGCAUUCGGCUGCAGAACAUCGACCUGGACAACACGCGCAUCAGUGAUCUCGUCCUUGCAGAGGCAGCACACAUGGUCAAUAAGCGUGCCAAGCGUACGACGGAUUCUCGAGCCCGGCCCUCUGUCAGCCUGAACAUGGUUGUGUACGAUUGCCAGAACGUCACUUGGACUGGUAUUCGCGAGGUGCUGUUCCGCAAUGCUCACGUCCAGCCUGACUCGUAUCCCACGGAAGUCAUUGGGCUCAAGGCCUUCUACGGCUUCCAGAUGACGAUCGACGAACACAUGAAGCGUGUCCUCCGCGGGGACUUUUCGGCAGCCAGCAGGCUGGAACGUCGCUGGGCAGAUUACAUGCAGGCCAAUGAAGAGGCUGGCGCCACAGGAGCAGGACACCGAAGGCGGCGCCGCCGGGCGAGAGAAGCCCAGAUGCUGCACGCCGAUGAGGAAGAAGGUGGCAUUGCGCAUGGCGGGCGCAGGAGAGCCAGGACAGUUGCUGCUGCCUGUGCUGUCAUGUGA